AACGGUGCGUCGGGACGUCCGGCGUCGAGUCAGUCUGCGCCCGUUAGCCGUCGCGACGCCACUGAUCGUCGAACUCCGUCGCAACGACGCGCCUCCGACCGUCGCACGCGAGUUUCCGAAUUACGCGCCCCGUCGAGGUAUCGGUCAGGUUAACGGUCCGUUCGAACCGCACGUGCCGAUUGGGGCGAAUUCACCCCGCCGAAUGAUUUUUUCCUUCUCUUGAGUUAAUUUUUCGUAACCGUGCGGUAAAUGAAACACAAAAAUAAAGUACAGUUUGAAGAUUUGCAAAGUAUAGAGAACAGGAUUUGCCUGAUUGUUGUUAUUUUAUCCGUACAGGGUCUGUGAAAAAAAGAAAAGAAAGAAAAAUAAAAGAAAAAAAAAAAAAAAAAGCGAAAUUGUUGCUUGUCAAGAGUUCUACAUACAUACGUAUACGUAUAAAUUGCUAUUUGUACACGGGAGAAUAUACAAGCCGGGGAAAGAUCUACCGAGGAAUUUAAUCGAAAAUGAAGAUGAGCAAAGUGGGUAACCAGACCAACUCGCAGGAUCCACAGGCGGUUAACUCGCGAGUUUUCGUUGGUAACCUGAACACCUUUCAAUGCAGCAAAACCGACGUUGAACGCAUGUUUCAGCGUUACGGGCGUCUCGCUGGUAUCUCGAUGCACAAGGGCUACGCCUUCGUGCAGUUCACCAAUCCUUUCGACGCCCGUAGCGCCUGCCUCGGGGAAGAUGGCCGAACUGUACUUAGUCAAGUACUCGGUGAGUGUCCCCAGUGCUUAUAUGUGAACAUGGUGGCGGAACCAAAACCUCAUCAAACCGGACGCAAACGUCAAAACGUGGCCAAGACCGGGAACGACUGGGACUACUAUUACGACAGUUACUACGCUUCGACGGCCUUUCCUCCGCGCUUGGCGCCCCCCUUGAAACGGCCGCGUCUCAUGCCACCGGCACGACCCCAGCAGCCGAAACAGCAGAAGCAGCAGGCGACAGCCAACAACGCGACGGUGCCGAGCUUGAAUCAGCUCAAAGUGUACAGCAAUCCCGACAUUCUGAUAUGCGGCAACUGCAGAGAAAUGUUCACAGACCUCGGCGAGCUUCUCGAACACAAGCGCAACUACUGUAAACUACGGUUCACAUGCAAAUGUCACACCUUCAACGGAGCCACGCCAAAAAGUGACUCGACAGCGUCGCUGCUUUGCGUACUGUGCAAGGAUGCCUUCCCAUCGGCGUGGGAACUCAUGGUCCACGCGCAAGCGGCCCACAUGAUCAACAUUUACGAAUUGGGAACCAGGCCGCAGAGCCCACGAUCUGGACAGAGUCCCUCACCUCACAGCCCGAGCCAACUCGCUAAGGAAACCUCACCCUCGCCCCAGGAUAUUCAGGAAAACAAAAGGUUGGAAAGUGACGAACGCCCGGAGGAAGAGGAUCUCGACGGACACGAACUGCUGCCUUCACCCGACAGCGGCAAGUCAACCGACAACGAGGGAAUAACGUCACCGAUCAAAAUGCGCUCCGGUGUACUCGGCUCCGACCACGAGGACUGUGACGAGCUUAUGGACGUCGAGAACACGGCACAGGCCUGCAUCAUGCACGCCCUCAGCAUUGAUUCAUCUCUGGAACGCACCUCGAACUCGAGCUCGCGAGGGGGUCCGGCCGACCCGGUGGUCAUGGCGUUGACCAACGGCUCUCUAUCGGCAAAAGAAUGAACUAACCCUAAUCACAGAUUCGGCCUUCCCUCCUACUAUAAACGAGCAUGGAAGUCCCAGCUUCUACUCACCAGCAAUGAGACAUAUCGGGGACAUGCCCGUCUGUAAAUAGCUUAAGUGUUCCCCAAACCACCCCCGGUCGUCAUCCCUCCAUCCCCCUCUCCAAACACAACUACACACACACACACGCGCACAUACAUACAUACGCAAUUCCCUCAGACAAGCCCCCCCCCCCCCCUCUUCCUUUGCCCCUCUUAUCCAGCAGACUAAUUACGUAAGUAACUAACGUUGAAUUAGAGAAGAAGAAAAAAAUGUUAGCAAAGGUCGGUGAUUCGUCAUUGAAAACGUCCAGCUUGACCAUUCAAAUGUUUCGAUGCAGUAAAUGUAUAAUGUUGCCUACAAUGUAUUUUGUUAUACACACGAAGCUGCAGGACGAUGUAUUAUAAAUAUGCUUGGUACCAUUAAAAUUCGUCGUAGCACCCUUGGGGCGAUUGGCAUUGUUAAUUCGGAUCUGAUAGAAUUGUGUGCAAGGAUCCCGGAUCGAAGGGUUGAUUUGGAUUUAUAACGAGGGUGUUCCAAGCAUUUUUGUAAAGGAGUGUGAACCGCUUUUUUGCAGUAUGUUAGAAAAAGCAAAAUCUUAAUCACUCACUCAAGUCUUACCUUGUACAUAAUAAAUAAAUGUAAUUAUUAUAAAAGCGAAUGAGAAAAAAAAAAAAGAGGGUAACAUGAAAACGGUAUUAUUUUUCGAGAAACAUAUAUUUAUGUGUACACGCGUGAGAGUUUAACAUAUCAAAUCGUACUUACUCACAGAAUAUGAAGAAGAAAAGAAACUGGACGAUUCGUUGACGACAAUCCCGAGGAAUUAAAUACGUCUAAUGUAAGUAGGCAAUGUUUAAAAUAAAUUGUAAAUAAAAUUCUCCAAAGAGACUAACUCCUAUAAGAUAAUACAUUGCGACACCUUCGUGUAUGAACUUUACCGAGUCACGUGACCAGUUCAAUUUCCAUCCCUAAGACUUUCUGGUUAUAGGCAUACUUAUGCUUAGAUUUUACUUUGAUUCGCUAGAAAGAAAAUCGGCAGCAAAGUACCACUUUCACCAGUUAAUCCUAUAGUUUUAAAUAUCGAGAAAAAUCACGAGGAAAGCUUACGGUAAAAAAAAAAUACUCGAGUCAAUACCGUUGAAUUUUUACGAACCAAAAUUCGACUCGGCCACGUGUGAACUUACUUGUUGGUAAGUUGCGUAUAAAUACUCUCCUCCCUUUCCCAAAUUCACUAAAUUGUGUGUGAAGUGACUUAGCAUAAAUCGUACGUCGUACAAGCUUUGACACUUGUACGUUUUAAGCACGACGCGUUCUCUCACUUGAGACCCCAAACUAUACGACGGCGUAAAAUAUCAUCGAAUUACACCAUUCGAUUACUAAUAUGAUUCUUAUUAUUAUUACUUAUUAUUAUCGCCAUGCAAUCAAAUUCAUCAAUUUAUAAUCAUAAUACACAAGGUUCGAGAACAGAGAAGCAAGCGCCGUGAUUAAAAAAUAUUGGAAUUUAUCUCCGUAAUCCGAACUAUCUAGUCAAAAGCACUGCAACACAGCCGUGCACCCUGAAUUUUAUUUCACGUCAGCUGUUAUACCUAUCCUACCACUGAAAAACUUUUUCGAAAACGAUCAUCACGACUUUAUCAUAUAUACAUAUAUAUAUAUAUACAUACAUACAUGUAUAUAUAUAUAUGUUUAUUAUAUAAACCACAGGUCUCUUAGUGCCGAAAUAUAACUAUUAGGCUAUACGUUAUUCGUUUAAAGCAUAUUUUCAAAACAAUUAUAUUAACGUAUAUUACUAUUAAUUAUUAUGAAUUUGUAAACAUUACAAUAAAGUGAACUCGAAGCGUAUAAGUAUGAAUAUAUAUUAUAAGAGGAUAUGUCGGAUCGCAGGUUCGCACCGAAGUAAAAACCAAAAAAAAUAAAUAAAUCAAAUACCAACCAUACGGAGUGACUACUUUGCGAGUCCGCUCGCUGUAUAAUCUAAUGUUAUACUCGUAUUAAUUUAUUACUAUAGGGAAUAUAGAACCAAAGGUUAUUUGUUCAUUGUCGUAUACAAACAAUGUUUUAUGUAUAUCAUUAUCAUCUUAAUAAAAAUACGUUACGUCUUUUAA